CGCGCAAUGGGCGUGCGCACGCCCCGGAGUGCUGCUGCGCGCCCCCGCCUGUGUGUGUUUGUGUGUGUGUGUGUGUGUAUGUAUGUGUGUGUUGGGGAACUGUCGGGAGAGGAGAGGACCAGUGACUGAGGCAGAGGAGACAAGUGCGAAGAGGCUCGGCGCUGAACGGGACUCCACGUAAAUAAACACAGCAGACGGUAUCGCUCUGUCGCAGGGGACUGAAGAUACAGAACAGGCUUCGUGUUUCGCACCGCAGAGAGAGGAGAUAAGAUUGAAGAAAACCACAGAAGAAGACGAAGCAGAGCACUAGCCAGGGAGGAGGAGGAGAGAGGGGAUUUGAGUUUCUCUGUUGUGAAUGUGCACGUGUCCUCAGACGGUGUGACUGAACAGAGAGGCGGGGCGUCGCUGUAUUUGGGGGCAGACCUUUGCGUCACACACUGAUGAUGGAGAGGAGAAGGAUGGACGCAGCACUGCUGGUGCUGUUCUUGGUACACCUCGCCACUGCACUGGAGGUCCCACUAGACCUUCUGGAAGGACUGCCGCAGCCACCGACCAUAACUCACCAAUCCCCCAAGGAUUACAUCAUCGACCCACGAGAGAACAUUAUAAUCCACUGUGAGGCGAAGGGGAAGCCUCACCCCAGUUUCUCCUGGACCAGAAAUGGGACCCACUUUGACAUCGACCAGGACCCCAACGUGACUAUGAAACCCCACUCUGGGACCCUAGUGGUGGACAUCAGCAGAGCGAAGGCCGAACAAUACGAGUGUGUGUACCAGUGCACAGCGAGGAACAAACAUGGAACUGCUGUUUCCAACAACAUAGUUGUACGACAGUCCAGGUCCCCCUUGUGGUCAAAGGAGAAAAUCAAGCCAAUUGUCGUUCAGGAGGGUGUGUCCUUAGUGCUGCCGUGUCGACCCCCAGCUGGCCUGCCUCCUCCCAUCAUAUUCUGGAUGGACAAUAACUUCCAGAGGCUGCCUCAGAGCAGAAGGGUGUCCCAGUCCCUGAACGGAGACCUUUACUUCUCUAAUGUACUCCGAGAGGAUUCCAGGAAUGACUACAUCUGCUACGCCCGCUUCCCAUACACACAAACUAUCCAGCAGAAACAACCCAUCACCGUCAAGGUCCUCAAUCUGGAUGCAAUCAAUGACACAAUGGCAGCUUUUUACAAUGACACUGAUUUAUUUAGUGAAGACCCAGCAGAUGAGAGAAAGCCAACCUUCCUCAUCCCAUCUGGCCCCUCCAGCUCCAAGAUGGUGCUGAGAGGACAGGUGCUGGAGAUGGAGUGUAUUGCAGAAGGACUGCCCACCCCUGCAAUCUCUUGGACCAAAAAUAGCGGCGAUCUCCCAGCUGAUCGCACAUCUUACCUGCACUACCAGAAGACCCUACGUAUUGUGAACGUGUCAGAAUCAGACGCAGGAGAUUACCGCUGCACCGCCAGGAAUGAGCUCGGCUCCGUGUACCACACCAUCCACGUCAUGGUCAAAGGUGCUCCGUAUUGGAUCAGUGGCACCCCCAAGAACCUUGUCCUAGCUCCAGGAGAGGACGGUACGCUGACCUGCAGGGCCAGUGGCACGCCCAAGCCCUCCGUCACCUGGUUUAUGAAUGGCAUCCCCAUAGAGAAUUCCCCUAAGGAUCUCAGCAGGAAUGUGCAGGACGACACCAUCAUCUUCAGUGUUGUGCAGACUGGAUCCAGCGCUGUCUACCAGUGUAAUGUCUCCAAUGACUACGGUUACCUCCUGUCCAACGCUUUUGUCAAUGUGCUCUCGGAGCCGCCUAGAGUGCUGACACAAGCCAACAAAGUGUACCAGGUCAUCAAAAAUCACCAGGCCCUAUUAGACUGCGCUUCCUUCGGGUCACCCAUCCCUAAAAUUACAUGGUUCAAAGACAGUCGGUCCAGCACUCUUGAUGGAGACCCUUACAUCCACCAUGACAAUGGGACUUUAGAGAUUCAUGUAGCUCAAGCCCACAAUAGUGGCAAAUACACCUGCGUGGCCGGAAAUACCCUCGGUAUCUACGAGAAUCACGUCUAUUUGGAGGUCAAAGAUCCCACCCGAAUCCUGAAGCAGCCAGACUACAAACAGGUCCAGAGGGGCAGGUCUGUAGUGUUUGAGUGUAAGGUGACAUACGACCCCUCACUCAAGCCCACCGUGACCUGGCUCAAAGACGACGGAGAGCUGCCCGAUGACGAGAGAUUAAUAGUAGGCUUCGACAGCCUCACCAUCACUGAUGUGACAGAGAACGAUGCGGGGGUGUACACCUGCAUCAUGAACACCACUCUGGACCAUGAUUCAGCCAGGGCUGAGCUCACUGUUGUCGGGGCCACGCCAAUACCAGCUGUUGUCUACGAGCGACCCGACCCCCCAACUGACCUGGAGCUGACGGACAAGAAAAAGAGGAGUGUUCAGCUCACUUGGACCCCUGGGGAUGAACAUAACAGUCCUAUUCAGAGCGACAGGGAGGGUCUAAUUAAAGAUGCUUUUAAGAUGCAUAAUGAAAAUAACCCAACAGGUGUACAUGGAUUUGGAACAGAACAUGAUAAUCUUGUAAUCUCAUGGAAGCCGCUGACAGGCCUCCAGUCUAAUGGUCCAGGGCUUCACUAUAAAGUGAUGUGGAGGCAGAAGUUGAUGGAGAGUGAUUGGACCAAAGUGACUGUGGCUAACAACUCCAAGUUUGUUGUGUCUGGAACGCCCACAUUUGUUCCAUAUGAUCUCAAAGUUCAGGCAGUGAACGACUAUGGAGCCGGACCUGAGCCUGCUAUUGCCCACGGCUACUCAGGAGAGGACUUGCCAGUAGCAGCUCCAGAAAAUGUGCAUGCCAUGUUGCUGAACAGUACUCUGUCAGAGGUGCACUGGGAUCCUGUGCCCUCCAAAUCAAUACGAGGACAUCUGAAAGGAUAUAAGGUGUACUACUGGAGAGAGCGCAGCCUCCAUAAACACAACCCACAUCAUGUGGAGAAGCAGAUCCUGACCUUCAGUGGGAAUCACACCCACGGCAUGCUGCCAGGCCUGCACCCCUUCAGUCUCUACUCAUUUAAUGUCCGAGUUUAUAACGGGAAGGGAGAUGGUCCCCCAAGCCCCGACCAGCAGUUUGAGACACCUGAAGGGGUGCCAGGUGCUCCCACUUCCCUGGUAGUCACCAACACCAACAUGGACACUCUAACCCUUGAAUGGAAUCCCCCUCAUGACCGUAAUGGACACAUCACUGGCUACACCCUCAAAUAUCAGCCAGUCAAUAACUCCAAUGAGCUGGGCCCAGUGGAGGAGCUGGCCCUGCCCGCCAAUGCCACCUCAUUCACUUUGCUGAACCUCAAGUACAGCACACGCUACAAGUUUUAUUUGAAUGCGAAAACAGUCAGGGGAGCAGGCUUGGCCAUUUCUCAGGAAACUGUCACCAUCAUGGACGAAGGAAACACGCAAACCCCUCAUUCCAUUGCACGGUCUCCUCCACGCCGUCCGCCCCACAAGGCGCGGCCUGUGAGUCCUUUUGGGAACGUUAGCUCCUCGUCUGGAGAGGACGGGACCCUGAUCAGUUGGGAGUACUGGGGCCCGGAGAAAAACAUUUAUGUAGAAUACAUAGUGAAAAACAGUGAAGGUGAAGAGGAGUGGCAGAAAGAGCUUGUGAACGGCUCUCAGAAUGUUAUGCUGAAAGGCUUAAAGGGGGGCCUCUCCUAUAGGGUGCGUUUGGUGGCCAAAGGUCACCACGACCAGCCGCUCCACCGCUCUGAGGAGCUAUUGGUCUUGGUCCCAGCUGUGACGAGCAGACAAGUGGACAUCGCCACUCAGGGAUGGUUCAUUGGCCUCAUGUGUGCCAUCGCUCUGCUCAUCCUGAUCCUCCUUAUCAUCUGCUUCAUUCAGAGGAAUAAGGGAGGGAAGUACCCUGUCAAAGAGAAGGAGGAUGCACACACAGAUCCAGAGUUCCAGCCCAUGAAAGACGAUGACUGUACUUUUGGGGAAUACAGUGACAAUGAGGACCAUAAACCGUUAAAAGGGAGCCGCACGCCGUCUAAUGGGACAGUUAAGAGAGACGACAGUGACGACAGUUUAGUUGACUACGGGGAAGGAGGAGACGGACAGUUCAACGAGGAUGGCUCGUUUAUCGGCCAGUAUAGUGGAAAGAGUGUCAGCAGGGAGACUGCUGAGGGCCACGAGAGCUCAGAGGCCCCGUCCCCUAUUAAUGCCAUGAACUCCUUGAACUCCUUUGUGUAGCCUGUCAGUCCUCACAGACAAGUGUGAGGUGCUGCACUGACCGCUCAAUCCCCACAUCUCUCUUAAAGGGGUGUCCCAACACCUCACGGCUUUAUGAUCACAUCUCCAUCCCCAGUGCCACACAUGACACACUUGGUGAUCUUUAUGGAGAGGCUUGGAGACCUAAAGCAGCAUUUAGGAAUGAAGUAGCUCAACCAGACAUUUGAUUUUUAACAGUGCAUGAAACAACUCAUAUGACCUAAAUCCAUAUUUAAAUUAACACUUUGAUAUUAACAAGUGUCACAUUCUUACCAGGAAUCUCUUAUGGACUAUGCAGUGCUCGUCUGAACUAUAUUUGUUUUUGUUACUGGUUAUUAUAUUAUCUACUAUGUUCAAAUAGUAAUCAGUUUCAUGUAUGUUUUCCAACACCGAAUCUUGUAUCGGAAUCUGUAUUUAAUAAUGUAAUUCCUUGAUGUAAUUCCAUCAGUGCAUAAGGCAGAUCAUGUACAGUAUAUAUAUAUAUAUAUAUAUAUAUAUAUAUAUAUAUAUAUAUAUAUAUAGUAAACUAUCUGUAAACAGAAUAUUGGGAGCAGUGCACACAGCAUGCUUGAGAUUGCUGCAUUAAUACAUCCUCAUCUGUCACCACUCUGUUGAAUGAAGGAGGAAGCUGAAAUGCUGCAUGGCCUGUCAUAUGAGCUCAUGACCUUUGCCCUGCAUGUAACCUCUUAUUGAGCUUGAUCUGAAGGCGAGUGAGAAACGCCAAGCGUGUGUGACAGCUUGCCUCGGUCCCUGCAGUGCUCCUUCAGCAGGUAGUGCCUUUUUAAAAAAAAAAAAACAACGAUUCAAUUCUGAUGUCUCUUUCCAGAGUUCAGUGACUGGAACAGAGGCAGUGGCAGGACUGCAAAAGUCACAUCCAAUGAUAAAAUAAGCUUGAGAAGAGGACUAUGUGGAGGGAGGAAUAAUUCAUAUACUCUUGUCAUCUUUUUUUUUUUAAAAGACGUCCCAAUGCCUUGAAACACAGGACUGGCUUUGAUUCCUCCAUUAAGCUAAGCGCACCUACAUUGGAUCAGACUAAAACAUCAUUAAAACCAUGUUGCAGUUUCAAA